CUUUUCUUUGCUCUGGGCACAACACUUUUUUAACACUUUUUAUGACUCGAUGGUGUCGGCAGAUGAGCUACAGAAGCGCGUAGAAACGCUACAGCGGCAGCUGCGCAAGGCCGGCGACCACUUGAAGCGGCUGGCAACGGAGAACGACACGCUUACAGAGCAGGUGGAGAAGUUCAAUGAAAGCGAGGCGCAGCUAAAGACCGCACAGCAGGAGCUCGAGGAGAAGAAUGCGCAGAAUGCACAGCAGCUCGCCGAUUCCAAACAGCAGCUCCACGCAGCACUGGAGGAGCGCGACCAGGCACUGGAGCACCAGCUUGCCGAAACACAAACAGACGGCGGUGAUGAGCAGUGGAAGGCGGCGGCGCUGGAACUGGCCACAGCAGUUGGUGUGGCAGUGGAUGAGGGCAGUCCGCAGAUUCUGGAGCAGGUGCGGCAGCACUGGGAGGACAGUGCACAAGCACACAGGGUGAUGAUGCGCCUGCAGGUUGAGGCAGAUGCGAAGGCAGAUGCAAAGGCAGAGCUCGAGGACAGGGUGCAUGCGCAGGCGGAGAUCGAGGCGGCGGUCGUGCGGGCGCUUGAGAACAGCUCGGAGGAACUAGCGGGACGGCUCCGCAGCGCACACGCAGCGCAGGCCGACGACCUGGCAGCGGCACGGGCGGAGGCAGCAGAGGCGGUAGGGGCGCGCGAAGAGCUGGGGCGCGACUACGACGAGCUGCUAGGGCGGAUCGGCAAGAUGAAGGACGGGCUCAAGGCCAAGAUGAGUGCAGACUCGGAGCAGCCGGCAAUAGCAAAGGCAAAGGAGCUGGAGGGGGCACUGCAGCAGGCGAAUGCACAGCUGGCAGCAACGAAGCAGGCGCUGUGGGACAGCCAGGAGGCGAGUGAGCGGGCGUCCAGUGACUUCGGGCGGCAGGAGCAGGCGGGGCAGCUAGCGGCAGCUGAGGCGCGGAUGGCUGCGGAGGGCGAGGAGCGCGCACAGCUGGAGGCACGAGUGGAGCAGCUACAGACGGAGCUAAACCGGGCGCUGAACACGGAGGGGCAGUGGGCGGAGGAGCGCGAGCUGCAUUUGGUGACGAUCACGAACCUGCAAGGCGCGCUGGAGGACCUGCAGGCAGCACGCGACGCAGACGUGGACGUGGCAGUGGAGAAGCUGCGCGAGGAGGUACGUGCAGGAGCGCAGCAGGUGCGGGCGGCAGUGGCUCGAGCAGAGCAGGCCGAGCUGCGGCUCCGGCGAAUUGAGCUGAGCGGGGCGACGGCAGAGCAGAGCCAGCAGAAGAUCACCGAGCAGGCGGCGCUGGACGAGAGCAUGCGGCGGCUGCGCGAGGAGAGCAACGACUUUAACCUGGACAAGCGCGUGAUCACGAAUCUGGUGGUUGGGUUCCUGGGGCUGCCGUAUGGCGACUCGAAGCGUUCUCAGGAGGAGCAGCAGGAGAAGGUCGGGCUGAUCCGCAAGGCUGGGCGACGGGCGCCCGCCGCCGUCCUCGCCGCAGUCGCCGGGCGAGACCAAGGACUCGUUCAGCGACCAGUGGAUCUCGUUCCUGCUUCGGGAGUCCAGCCGUAACCGGUCCAACAACACAUGACGUGGUGGGUAAUAUUUGAGCCGGCAGCAUCUGCGGCGUGCGAACGACUGGCAAUCCGCUCACACGGAUGAGUGGCACUGCCCGGUUCCGCGCUGUCCCCGUGCACACA